CACUGGUGAGCAGGAGGGAGGCAGACGCCCUGGAGAGCGCUGUGGGCUGCCUGCCCAGCUCUGCUUCAGGAGUCUCCUACGUCCGGAUUACUAUUGUGCUGAGCACGCCCAGGGCACAGCCCCCCUCCCAGCGCCGGUACUCCAGCCAACGCAUUGUGAAUCGAAUGAGCUGGACUCUGGCAGGUGAGCCAACCCCUCCCCAGCCUGACCCAGCCCCCUCUGGGCCACGGUUUAAAUCCUGGCCUGGCUCAGUUCUGGACACUCAGACCCGGCUCCCGGCACCGCCAUGGAGUCAGGAGGCAUCUUCCUCCCCCUGGGGCUCCUGGCCCUCUGGGCCGCGCUGCCGCCUGCACCAGGGCAGGAGAAAGGAGGUAAAGUGGGUGAAUGUCCAGCAGGGAGGAUUGAGUUUGUGCGUCCCUCCAGGAUCUACUGUCUCUCAGAGCAGAGCUGCCCAGGGAACGAGAAGUGCUGCAAUAUUGGGCACAUGAGAACCUGCCUCCUCCCUGAAAAAGUGAACCCAGGCUACUGCCCGGAGCCCGACACCGGGGUGGCAGAGCCCUGCCUGGUGAGCUGCUGGAAUGACUCUGCGUGUGCCGGCGGGGCCAAGUGCUGUGCCGAGGGCUGCCACGUUCACUGCACGAGCGCCCAGCCAGCCAAGCCUGGCGUCUGCCCAAAGAGACGAGUGUCGCAGGAUUUCAUUCCUUGCACAAACCAGUGCCACGACGACAGGCACUGCCCCGAGAGCCAGAAAUGCUGCUUUGCCGGCUGCGGCCUGGCCUGCAUGAGCCCCUACACAGAGAAGGCGGGCGUGUGCCCUGCUGUGCAGCUGGAGCAGCCCGAGGGGCUGUGCCUGGACGCGUGCGUGGACGACGCUGACUGCGCGGGGGACGAGAAGUGCUGUGCCACAGGCUGUGGCUAUAAAUGCCGAGUGCCCCUUCCAGUGCGGCCCGGCGAGUGCCCAGCCGUAGCCCAGAGGUUUCUCGUCUCGUGCCGGCGGACGUGUUGGAGCGACAGCGACUGCCCCGCCACGAGGAAGUGCUGCAGCAAUGGCUGUGGGUGGCUCUGCAUGGCGCCCGUGCUCGUGAAGCCCGGCCUGUGCCCAGCCCGAGCCCCCGAGGGCGGCGAGGAUCCAUGCUUUUUUCGAUGCCUGAAGGACGGUGACUGUCCAGGGAACGGGAAGUGCUGCUUGAUCAGCUGUGGCCGCGCCUGCCUCUCCCCGACGCAGGUGAAGCCUGGCGCAUGCCCAGCAGUGCUCAGAGGCUCCCUGGGGCCCUGCGUGGAGGGAUGUGGCAGCGACAGCGACUGCAGCAAAGCAGAGAAGUGCUGCAGCACCGGCUGCGGCCAUGUCUGCAAACCACCCAGCGAGGAUAUCUGCCAGCUCCCUGCCGAGAUGGGCAUCUGUGACGCCGACCUCCCUCGCUUCUUCUACAACACCAGUUCCGGGGCGUGUGACAGAUUCAUCUACGGGGGCUGCCGGGGGAACCCCAACAACUUUGAGGGGGAAGCGGAGUGUCUCCAGGCCUGCGGGGGCCCCGUGAGGCCUGGGGUCUGCCCAGCCCGGGCCGGAUUGGGCCAGGCUGAUGAGUGCGUCUCGCCAUGCUCCAAGGACAGCGACUGCUCCGCCAGCGAGAAGUGCUGCUUGCUGAGCUGUGGCCGGGCCUGUGCCCCACCCGUGCAGGUGAAGCCGGGCCGGUGCCGCAGGGCACUGUUCGUGUGCAUGGGGGUCAUCACCGCCGAAUGCGACACCGACGCCGAGUGCCCCGGCACACACAAGUGCUGCCCAGUCGGCUGUGCCAGGAAGUGCGCCCCUGCUGAGACAGCACCCAGAGGCAGCGACAGCCUCCUCCCUGCCCAUGACCAGGUGAGGCCUGGGACCUGUCCCCCCGAUCCAGUCCGAUGUGCCCACUCAGCACCGGCCCACUGCUCCAGUGACCCCGAGUGCCCGGGAGAGCAGAAGUGCUGCUAUAUCGCAUGCAGAUUCCGAUGCGUUGACCCAGCAGAAGAGAAGGCCGGCUAUUGCCCGGUCCUCGUGCCCGCAGGCCUGAACCUCAGUCAGAGCUGCCGCCCCUGCCUGGCGAACAGAUCCUGCUCCACCUGCUUUCGGGACGCAGAUUGCCCGGGCCUGGAGAAGUGCUGCCCAGGCCGGUGUGGAACCCGCUGCUGGGAGCCCGUCUCUGAUUUCUGCCAGCUCAGCCCCGACACUGGGCCUUGCAAAGCCUGGGUCCCGCGGCUCUUCUACAACUCCAGCUCCCAGCACUGCGAGCUGUUUAUCUACGGCGGCUGCCAGGGGAACCCGAACAACUUUGCUGAGGAAGAGGCGUGUCUGCAGGCCUGCGGGCCCCCUGGUGAGAGCAGGGCCUGGGGAGGGGGGCUGACUCGCUCCGUAGAGCCAUCCGCCCUCCCCCCGCCUGCUCCCGCCAGUCCGCACAGUGCUGGGCACCCUCUGUUCUCUGUACUAGACAUUUGCAAACUCUCCCCUGAAGUGGGCCCCUGCGACGCCGCGUUGCCCCGGUUUUUCUACAACGCUGAGGCCGGGCAGUGUGACGGCUUCACGUACGGCGGCUGCCAGGGCAACAGGAACAACUUUGAGACGGAGGCCGCGUGUCUCCAGGCCUGCGCAGGCCACGGUGCGGCCUAGCCCUGGCCAGAAUGGGGCUCCAGGGGGAAGCUGCAGUCCCAGGGGCUGGUCCCAUUCACCCAGCACGACCGUUUGAUGCAAGGCUCUUCUGCCGUCAAGGCCCUGUCCUGUGUGGAAAUGGACGUGCCUCUCACAAACUCAUUACCGUGUCCCUGACCGUGUAAUGGGGUCUCACCGGAGGCGCUUGCAUUGUUACAGAUAAAGGGAUGUGGCUGCUUCAAACCUG